UGCACUGCCAACAAACGAACAACAACAAGAAGCGACCAAUUUUUACACUCAUUUCCCGAGAAAAUCCUGCUGAAUCCCCGAGAAAUUCGGUUUUUUUUCUUUCCUUUUCUUUUCUUUUCUUUUUUGUUUUAAUUAUUGCAAAUCCUUUUAUAUUUUUAUAUAUAAAUCUGUCCGUUAACUCUUAUCUCGAUCUCAACAUCUAAAGGAAUAAAAGAUACAAGCGAGAGAGAGAGAGAGCAAUCAGAGAUUUCGGAUUUUACAGAGAACGUGUGAGCUAUUUUAUUGCAGCUAGUGGUCAUGGGAAAGGUGGCGGUGGGUGCGGCGGUGGUCUGCGCAGCUGCUGUUUGUGCUGCGGCGGCCUUGGUGGUCAGGCACAGGAUGCGCUGUUCGGGGAGGUGGGCCAGGGCUAUGGCCAUACUCAGGGAGUUUGAGGACAAGUGUGGGACCCCCUUAGGGAAGCUACGCCAGGUGGCUGAUGCUAUGACCGUUGAGAUGCAUGCCGGUCUUGCAUCGGAGGGUGGAAGCAAGCUUAAGAUGCUCCUCAGCUACGUUGACAAUCUCCCUACCGGGGAUGAGAAGGGAUUGUUUUAUGCAUUAGACCUUGGUGGCACAAAUUUCCGUGUCAUAAGGGUGGUAUUGGGCGGGAAAGAUGACCGUGUUGUCAAACAAGAAUUCGAGGAAGUUUCAAUUCCUCCACACUUGAUGAUUGGAUCUUCAGAUGCUCUGUUCGAUUAUAUUGCUGAAGCACUUGCUAAAUUUGUUGCUACAGAAGAUGAAGGUUUGCAUCCUUUGCCUGGUCAACAAAGGGAACUGGGAUUUACCUUCUCAUUUCCUGUUCGGCAAACAUCAAUAGCAUCAGGAACUCUUAUAAAAUGGACAAAAGGCUUCUCCAUAGAGGAUACGGUUGGGGAGGAUGUGGUGGGAGAGUUGACAAAAGCCAUGGAAAGAGUUGGCCUUGACAUGCGUGUGGCAGCUUUGGUCAAUGAUACAAUUGGAACAUUAGCUGGAGGGAGAUACUACAACAAGGACGUUAUUGCUGCUGUAAUCUUGGGAACUGGAACAAAUGCAGCAUAUGUAGAGCGAGCACAAGCAAUUCCCAAGUGGAAUGGUCUUCUUCCUAAAUCUGGGGAAAUGGUUAUCAACAUGGAGUGGGGUAACUUUCGGUCCUCACACCUUCCAUUGACAGAAUUUGAUCAAGCAUUAGAUGUUGAGUCUCUGAACCCUGGGGAACAGAUUUUUGAAAAGUUAAUUUCUGGUAUGUAUUUGGGAGAAAUUGUACGCAGAGUUCUAUUGAGAAUGGCUCAGGAAGCUGCCUUCUUUGGUGAUGUUGUUCCACCAAAACUGGAGAUUCCAUUUAUCUUAAGGACACCACACAUGUCUGCAAUGCAUCAUGAUACAUCUUCAGAUCUUAAAGUUGUUGGAAGCAAAUUAAAGGAUAUCCUAGAGAUAUCAAAUACCUCCCUGAAAAUGAGGAAAGCUAUUGUUGAGCUCUGCGACAUUGUUGCCACUCGCGGUGCCCGGCUGUCUGCUGCUGGAAUCAUGGGCAUCCUCAAGAAACUGGGAAGAGACACAGUGAAGGAUGGGGAAAAACAGAAAUCAGUAAUAGCAUUAGAUGGUGGGCUGUUUGAGCACUACACUAAAUUCCGUAGCUCCAUGGAGAGCACUCUCAAGGAAUUGCUGGGAGAGGAAAUUUCUGAAAGCAUAAUCAUUGAGCACUCAAAUGAUGGCUCAGGCAUUGGAGCGGCUCUCCUUGCAGCUUCCCACUCCCAGUACCUGGAGGUCGCAGAAGCUUAAAAAGUGUAGGUAGAUGAGAAGAUUUUUUUCAGUUUUUGUAUAUUAAUCUUCCCCUUUUUCUUACUCCAGAUCAUCUAGAGCCAGUGACGGGUAAUACCAGAAUCUUAAUGUAUGGUCUUAUAGAGUUCAUAACUGAGUGAUGGAUCAAAUUCUCUCUCAAAAUGCCUAACAAUGGUCCCGACGCCAAGCUUCUAUGCUGGGCCCUGCCAUUUUGAUCCUUUGUCUCCUUUUUUUCACAUACCCAAUUUCGAGUUAGCAAAUAAGUUGGGGGAUGUACUAUUAUUUGAGUUCCUACAUUCUGGCAAAGUAUGUUUGUCGUUUCAAAAGGAAAUAAAAUGUAGAUUUGCUGUCAUUAGCAUUAUAGGCUGAUGAAGAUUUUUUUUUC